AUGGAGAUUGAGGAAUAUCUUCCACUUGAUGGUUCUUGUGAUUCUAAGAAAUAUGAGGUUUAUCACUGCUCUAACUAUGAAUGUUUUGAACACAUCAUAAAACCUCUACCGAAAUUUAAGAUCAAAAUUGAAGUUGACGACGAUACUGAUUCAACUCAUCUUAUAUUACUUCAUGAUCAAGCUGUACAGGUUUUGAAUAAAUCUGCUGCUGAAUUGCUAAAAGAUAAUGAAUCGAUCGAUGGAUAUUCAACAUUUCCAAAGGAGAUUAAAUCUUUGGUUGGGAAGUUGUUUGCUUAUAAGAUUCAAGUUACCCAUGAAAAUAUCGAAAAAUUUGAUGAAGUUUAUGAUACCACUGCGAUAAGCAGCGAUUAUUCUCUUAUUUCUCAUGUUAAAAAGAGCCUUUUGACUAAACAGGAGGAGAAUAUCGCAAAAGGUAAACGUAAUCUGUAUGAGCUGUACGACGUUGAUCCAGCAUUUCCGAGUUGUUCUACAAAGCGUCCUAUUAUCAGAACUCCUCUUUCAGAUAUCUCAAAUGUUGAUUCAACUGCUGAAAGACGUAAGCUUCGGAAAAUAAUACUUGAUAACAAGAGAUCAAAGAAAUCGUCAUCAUCAACAAAUGUUCCUAACAUAUUGCCUGAGAACAUAAGUUCGCUGCAGUCUUCUAAUGAUACCAAGAGAUCAAAAAAAUCGUCAUCAUCAACAAAUGUUUCUAACAUAUUUCCUGACAACAUAAGUUCGCUGCAGUCUUCUAAUACUAUUGAUCGCAACGUAUACUCCUUUUCUCCUCAUACAAGUAUAAAUCAUACAAGUUCAUUACUUUCAAACAUAACAGAUAACUCCGUAACCAAAUCCACACCGUCAAAUGAAACUCGUAGAUAUUCCAUUUCUCCUCGCAUCAAUAUUAGUAACAAUCAAGCGGUAUUUGGUACUACUUCUACAGUUACAAGGUUGUCUUCUGGUAAACGUAAGCUUGAGCACAAGAAACGUGAUACCACUCCUAUACCUAUGGUCAAUUUGGAUUCUGAUGAAGAUGAUGUUGUUUUAGUUAGAGUGGACGACCCUUACAAAGGGAUAUCUAAAGAUUAUUUGGACCAUGGUGACCAAGUUCUUACAUGCCAAAUCUGUAGUGCAAAGUUAUGGACAUCAGAAGGUGGAAAAGGUCGAAUAACUAUGAAUAAGCUUUGUUAUGGUAUGUGUUGUGGGUAUGGUAAAGUUGAGCUACCGCCUUUAAAGGAUGCGCAUCCGUCUUAUCAAAAUUUGUUUUCUUCCACAAAUGAAAAAAGCAAGUUUUUCCAGAAGAAUAUUAGACGAUACAACUCUAUGUUCUCUUUUACAUCUAUGGGUGGAAAGGUUGAUUCAAUUAUUAACAAGGGCAACGCUCCAUUUAUAUAUCGUAUAAGUGGCCAAAACUAUCAUUGCAUCGGUAGUCUUAAACCUUCUAAUGGAAAUCAACCUCAGUUUUGUCAGCUAUACAUAUAUGACACUGAAAAUGAAAUAACAAACAGACAGACAUUAUUCGGGAAAACAAGCAAAUCUUCGUCCUCUAAUGAUAAAGAGCUUGAUGUUGAAAUGAUACAGUAUUUGAGGAAUUUAUUAGAUUCAGAAAAUAUGUUGGUUAAGACAUAUAGGAUGGUCAGAGACCAUUUUCACGAAUCCCCAGAGGCUAACCUUAAACUCCGUCUUAUGUAUAAAAGAGAAAAAGAUGGCAGAAUAUAUAACUUACCAACCACGUUUGAAAUUGCUGCUUUGGUUGUCGGAGACAUAGAUAAAGCUAUAGAUCAUCGUGAUAUUCUUGUGGAGACUCAGUCUGGAAUGCUCCAGCGUAUUAGUGAAUUACAUCCAUCAUAUCUUGCCUUGCAAUAUCCGUUGCUAUUCCCAUAUGGUGAUGAUGGAUAUAGAAUUGAUAUUCCCCAUAGAGAUUUCACUGUGACACAAAAGAAAAUAAAGCCAAAGUGCACCAUGAGAGAAUUUUUUGCAUACAGGAUCCAAGAUAGAAAUUAUGGUUUUUCCUUAAUUCUUAAUGGAAGAAGGUUGUUUCAACAAUUUUUGGUUGAUGCAUAUACUAUGAUCGAGAGCGAGAGACUACAUUUCAUUCGGAGACAACAAACAAAACUUCGAUCUGAGACAUUUGAAAAUCUUCAGAAGCAUAAAGCUAAAGGUAAACAAACUUUAAAAGACACUGGAAAGGCUGUUAUACUACCUUCUUCAUUUACUGGAGGUGCAAGAUUCAUGCAACAAAACUACCUUGAUGCAAUGGCCUUAUGUAAGUCAUUCGGGUAUCCAGAUUUCUUCAUAACUAUAACUUGUAAUCCAAAAUGGCCAGAAGUAAAGAGAUUUCUAAAAGAUUCCUCCAUCAAAGCUGAAGACAGGCCUGACAUAUUGUGUCGAUUGUUUAAAAUUAAGCUUGAUUCCCUACUGAAAGAUUUGAAGGAUUCCAAUUAUCUCGGUGAGAUUAAUGCUGAAUUCCAGAAGCGUGGUCUUCCUCAUGCACAUAUAUUCUUAUUUAUGAAUGUCGAUCACAAACUUCCUACAGUAGAUCACAUAGAUCCAUUCAUAUCCGCUGAGAUUCCUGAUAAAAAUGAAGAUCCGGAACUUUAUUCCUUGGUAAGUGAUUAUAUGAUUCACGGUCCAUGUGGAAAUGCUAAUUUGAAUUGUCCUUGCAUGGUUGACAAAAGAUGUUCAAAAAACUUUCCAAAGAAAUUUUCAUCACAUACAACUGUUGAUUCAAGUGGUUUCCCUGUAUACCGAAGACGAGAUUCCGGACACACAGUUAUAAAAUCUGGUGUUAGUUUGGACAACAAAAGCGUUGUUCCAUAUAACAAAAGGCUUCUAAAAAGAUAUCAAGCACACAUAAAUGUAGAAUGGUGUAAUCAAUCUGGUUCAGUUAAAUAUUUGUUCAAGUACAUUAAUAAAGGCCCUGAUAUGGCUACUGCGGUUGUUUCUGGUGUUUCAAAUCCAACCAUUAAGGAUAAGCCAAGAGAUGAGAUCAAGGAAUAUUAUGAUUGCAGAUAUAUUUCAGCUUGUGAAGCAUCAUGGAGAAUAUUCUCAAACGAGGUUCAUUAUAGGUAUCCUGCUGUUAUGAGGCUUCCCUUUCAUAUGUCGGGUCAACAGAAUGUUGUGUAUGGUGCGGAUGACGAUAUUGAUAAUGUGUUAAGCAAGCCUUCUGUUGCUUCUUCAAUAUUUGUUGAAUGGAUGAAAUUAAACGAGUCAGAUGAAAAUGCUAGAAAGUUGACUUAUGUCGAGUUUCCUACCAAAUUUGUUUGGAAACCUCAAGAUAGAUCUUGGCAGGUACGUAAGACGUACCAAACUGUUGGACGUAUACAUUCUGUGUCUCCUGCAUUAGGAGAACCUUAUUUUUUGAGGAUACUUCUGAAUAAAGUUAGAGGUCCCAGAUCCUUUGAGGAAAUACGUACUGUUAACGGUCAGUUAUUCCCGACAUUUAGAGAUGCUUGCUACGCAAUGGGGCUCUUAGAUGAUGACAAUGAAUAUGUUGAGGCCAUUAAAGAAGCAAGUUUUGAAGGACAUGCUGGGUAUCUGCGAGCGUUAUUUGCUACCUUGCUAUUGUCAAAUACACUUUCACGGCCAGAGUUUGUUUGGGAGAACACGUGGAAAUACUUAGCAGAUGAUAUUUUAUACAGACGUCAAAAAGAAACAAAUAUUCAAGGUUUACUUCUUCCUGAACAUCAAAUUAAAAACCUUACUUUGUUGGAAAUUGAAAAAUAUUUACUUUCGAAUGGUUCGUCGUUAUGA